UCUGCAAUGUUAAACUUAAAUUGUUCUCAACUUUUGAUCGCACUACUGCUUUUGGCUAGCACCUGUGUGCUGGCAUCGGAAAAAUGCAUUUAUUGUCGGGGUAUUAAUUGCCAGAGAAGUACCUAUGAGGCGGAAGAACAAUGCUCAGAUCGUAUGGAUGCCUGCGUGACUGUCUUUCAUGAAGGGGUUAUUGAGGCGCAAGGAUGUCUGGACAGUCUUGAGGAUGAUUGGAGAGAAAAAUGCCAUGAAAAUAAUAAAGGACAUGAAGUUGCCUGCGAGAUGUGUGUAUCCGAAAAGUGCAACAAUUUGGGGUCCAAAAAAAGUAGCUGUCUUCAGUGUAAUAAUACAGAGGACGCACAGUGUGCUGAAUCCCCUGAACUUCUGAAGGCUGUGCAAUGUCCUAUUGCCAGAUCGGGCAGAAGUUUUUGCUAUGCCAGUUUGGUAGGGAAUCGGUUGGAAAGAGGAUGUUCCCUGAGCCUUUCAGAUCAAGUGAAUUGUCUGUCCAAUCCAAACUGUCACUUGUGCGAUCCUUUGGAACAGCCCCACUGCAAUGAUCAACUUGUAAAAGCAGAUGAUUCCCCAACAACUGAAGAUCCAAGUUCGAGUUCAUCAACGGAAUCAACACCAAGCUCAACAAUAGCAACAUAUUCAACAACAAGUACCUCAACUAGUUCUUCAACCAGUUCUUCAACUAGUUCUUCAACUAGUUCUUCAACCAGUUCUUCAACUAGUUCUUCAACUAGUUCAUCAACUGAAACUUCAACGACUGAGGAGAUUCCAACCACAACGGGCAAACCCAAUUCGGCUUUUGGCCUGCACGUUUCGUUCUUCCUGAUCUUUGGUCAAUUGGCCAUUUGUGUUUAUAACCAUCUUAAAUAGGCUUUCAUAUUUAGUUCCCACGACCUUCUCCAAAAACAAUCUAUGAACAACUAUUAUUAAACUAAUUUUUAUGAGAUUACCAUAA